GGGCUCCUGCGUUUCGGCCAAUUCCUCCUUCCUGCUACCGGGUCCUCUAACGUCAUCGAAGCUAUUUGCUUAGCUCCUGCCUCCCGAGAAAUCCCCCCCACCUCUUCCUCGUUUCCGUGGCGCUACCGUAUUCCUCCAAUAGACGCCAUCCAUCCGAUCUCUGAAACCUAAACUCGCUCCAAACGGCCCACAACCGUGAAGUGCCUCAGAAUUCUGGCUCAGAUGUUUGCUUCUUGCUCUCACCCAGCCCUUCUUCAAGUCUCCCUUCCUCCAAAACCUUCACAACUCCAGCUCUACUCACACUCCCCUCCACUUCUCUCCUUCAAAACCCUCUCCUUCAUCAACUCCUCCUUCCAAGCUCCCUCACAGUGCCCCCCCUCCACCACUAACACCACCACCACUAGCCGCAGCAGCAGCAGCUACAACCAUCUGAUCCAAUCCCUAUGCAAGGAAGGCAACCUCAAACAAGCCCUCCAGCUCCUCCCCCAGGAACCCAAACCCACCCAGCGAACCUACGAAGCCCUCAUCCUCGCCUGCACCCACCGAAACGCCCGCCCCUACGGACCGAUCGUCCACCACCACCUCAUCGACAACGGCUUCGACCAGGAUCCCUUCCUCUCCACCAAACUCAUCGAUAUGUAUUCGCAAUUCAGCUCCCUCGUCGAUGCCCGCGACGUGUUCGACAAAACGCAUGUGAAAACCGUCUUCGUAUGGAACGCUUUGUUGAAGGCCUUUGCGCUGGCCGACGAGGCGGAAGAGGCCCUCUUCCUCUUUCAAGAAAUGGGCCGAGCUAGAGUUCCGCCGAACAGCUUUACUUAUGCCCACGCGCUCAAGGCUUGCAUCGCUUCCUCGUCCCAUUCGUCGUUGGCUUUCGAUAGGGUGAGGCAGAUCCAUGGCCACAUUGACCGACACGGAUUCGAGUCUAGCAUCUACGUGGCGACGACUCUCGUCGAUUGCUAUGCCAAGCUGGGGCAUGUUUUGUACUCACAGCGAGUGUUUGAUAGGAUGCUCGAGAGGAAUGUCGUUUCAUGGAGUGCCAUGAUUGCCUGCUAUGCGAAGAAUGAGCGCCCUUUGGAUGCAUUGGAGCUCUUUCGGGAGAUGAUGCUGAGGGACCCUGAUGCGAUCCCCAAUGCCGUUACCAUGGUCAGUGUUCUUCAAGCUUGCGCUGGUUUGGCUGCACUUGGACAGGGGAGGCUCAUCCACGCUUAUGUCCUUCGAAGGGGACUCAAUUCCAUUAUACCGGUGGUCAAUGCUUUGAUCGCCAUGUAUGCAAAAUGUGGAAGUCUGGGGACUGCGCAUCGAGUUUUUGAUGGGAUAAAUGGUCGGAGAGAUGUUGUAUCGUGGAAUUCUAUGAUUUCAGGUUAUGGAAGUUAUGGCUUUGGCGUUAAAGCAAUCCGAGUCUUUGAGGCGAUGAUUCGUUCUGGGACAUCACCAAGUCCUAUCACGUUUGUGAGUGUGCUGGGCGCCUGCAGCCAUGCCGGGCUCGUGAAGGAAGGAAAGAAACUUUUCGAAUCGAUGGUCCGGGAGCAUGGUAUCACACCUCGAGCAGAACACUAUGCUUGCAUUGUGGAUCUCCUCGGUCGUGCUGGCCAGUUAGACGAAGCAGCUAGGAUCAUAGAAGGGAUGCGAAUCGAACCAGGUCCCACCGUUUGGGGUUCUCUUCUUGGAGCUUGUCGGAUCCAUGGUCACAUAGAGCUUGCGGAGAGGGCAUGUGUUCGCCUGUUUGAACUCGAGCCCAUGAAUGCUGGCAACUAUGUACUUCUAGCUGACAUAUAUGCAGAAGCUGAGAUGUGGGAAGAAGUGAGCAGAGUAAAGAAGCUUCUCGAAUCACAGGGGCUGCAGAAGGUGCCAGGAUGCAGCUGGAUCGAGGUGAAGAAGAAGAUGUACUCAUUUGUGUCUGUAGAUGAAAUGAAUCCUCAGAUCGAAGAGCUUCAUGCUUUGCUGGCUCGGUUGGUGAAGGAGAUGAAGGAUAAAGGUUACAUCCCUAAUACUAAAGUUGUUCUUUAUGAUCUAGAUCAGGAGGAGAAGGAGCGGAUUCUGCUAGGUCACAGUGAGAAGCUGGCUGUGGCUUUUGGCCUCAUACAUAGUGGUAGUGGAGAAGUGAUUAGGAUCACAAAGAACCUAAGGUUGUGUGAGGAUUGUCAUUCUGUCACAAAGUUUAUUUCAAAGUUUGCAGAGAGAGAGAUUCUUGUAAGAGAUGUGAAUCGGUUCCACCAUUUUAAAGAUGGCGUCUGUUCAUGUUUGGAUUAUUGGUAAGCUUGAUGGUUCACAGCCCCUAUCCAAUUGAAAACUUCUCAUAUUCGAGAGAUGAUCUAGAGGUGUACAGCACCAGGUUAUGACUUAAAACUAGUUACUAGGAUCUGUAUAGGGAAGAUUUGAAACCUAUGAUUUUUGGUUUAUCAGCAUUAUCUUUCUAGUUGUUGCUAUUUAUGCCACAGAAUGCAGUGUAAACAUGUCACUGUCAUUUAA